AUGCGUUUGCAAGCCGUCUGGGUGCGCGAACAGACAAUGAAAGGCAACGACGGGCGUGCGCGUCCUCUCUUACGCGUGCUCGAUGCAGUGUUUGUUCUGGCUCUGUCGUGGCCUGCUGACGCGCUGGCGAGGGAGAAAAGAAACUCACCAGACAUUACAACGUUUACAGUGCCACCUCCUCUGGGACCCCCGCGACCUCCGUCUCCGCCUUCCGUACCUCCCCCGCCUCCCGCACCUCCCCCACCUCCGCCUCCCGCACCUCCCCCACCUCCGCCUGCACUGCGUGGAUGGGAAGGUAAAGUGAUACCUAUGUCAAAGCAAGAAGAAUGCUUCAGCGUGCCCUACAGCGUGGAGAAGACGUGUCUUAAAAAAGAAGCGGUAUCUCGGCCGUACAGUUGCGCCCAACCUGCUCAGGAGGAGGUGUGUCGCCCAGUCAAACAUGUGGAAGAAGGUCGCUGCCACAGAUUAGUGAAGAAGGAAGUCUCGUACGAGUGUCCAAAAGCUGUGACAAAGACUUUAUGUACUAAAGUACCAGUGACUGUAGCCAAAACGUGUCGUCAGAAGAUAACAAGCAAAGUCCCGCAUGUGUGUUCAAAAGAAGUAAGCGUUCCACGGUGCCACAUUGAUUCUAAACUUGUUUCGGACGUUUGUUAUACUACUCAGCCCUACGUAGAAGAGUAUGACUGCUGGGGCACCGAGACCUCAACAGUAUGUGACGUGGAAAUGAAGGAAUUGAAAGAUACAUGCCAAAGGGAGGUCGAAGUCCCCGUGCCUUUUAGCUACGAAAGUACUGUUGUUGACAAGGUUUGUUCGAUGAAACUCCAGACUAAACAUGGUGUUUGUACAAAAAGCGUAUUAACGGAGGAACAAUAUCCUUGCCCUACAUCCACAUGGGAAAAGCGAUGUUAUGAGACAUUCAAGCUAGUAGAGGAACCUUGCCAGCAAGAUGUGGUGUUGGAAGAGACGUAUGACUGCAGCGAAAUGCAGCCGCACACAGUGAGCAAAUUGUGUACAAAAAGGAUACCUGGAAAAGCGAAGAUUGAACGCUGCCUGCCACCCGGGAAAAAGCACUUUCAAGGUCGACGUUUGGCAAGUGUACUGCGAGCGGUGUGCAGUUUAGUGGAGGUGGAGACAGAGGAGCUGCAGCAGGUUCCGUGCGAAGAACAGGUCAUGGUGAUGGUGCCCAAAGUAUGCUCUCGCACAGUGACGCGAAAGGUUCCGCAUGUGUGCCAUAAAAAGCUUCCUGAUUCGCAAUGUGCGAUGGAAGAGGUAGUGCGGCCGCAGAUGUGCUCGCGGCCAGUCACUAGAGAAGUGGAGGUCCCUUGUGAGUCCCAGAUGGCCCAAGAGGUCUGCAAGGACGUGCCAAGAAAAGUUGUGCUGCAGGGCUAUAAGUUCGAAAAAAGAGCAGAAACAUUUGACUGCAUAAAGCACGACUUCACCGAGAAAUGUUAUGCGGUGCAGAAGCCAAGAAAAGGUCUGUGCGCUGCGACACUGCUAAAAAGCAUCUCUUCUGAAUGUCCACGAAGGGAGUUCCAAGAAGUGUGCAACGAUGCCCUUGAGAUGGUGGCAGAACCUUGUCUGAAGGAAGUCAUGAAGGAAGUAGACUUCAGCUGCCCAGAGCAAUCUUUCGAAGAAAAGUGUCUUCAUGCCCCAGUAUACGAAAUGGAUACGUGCACAACGGUUGUGGAACAAGAUGAAGAGUACCCAUGCCCGCACAAGGACCUUGCCAUGAAAUGCGAAGUUAUGCAGACGGAACGCGUGGGUACGUGCUUCAAAACAGAGGUUACCGAGGUCCCAUACACGUGUUACGAGACGGCCUACAAGGAAGUAUGUGCAGACCUCUCGGUGACCAAUAAGCCACAUAAGAGGGCCGCGCCUACGCUUGCCUUGAAGAAGGGAUAG